UACUAUGACUAUGAUAUUGCUCACUAUUUAUUGUCUUGUUUUCCAAGAAACUAAGAAAAAUUCAUGAACACAAAAAUUUCUAGAUAUGGCAUGAAAUUUCAUACUCUCAAAGUUGUAUUGCUCUUGUGAAUUUCAUACUCUCUGGAAAUUUCUACCGCGGGAAAUGGAUUUUCUUCAGUUUCUCUCCAGUUUCCGUUCUCCUUCAUCUCGCGUAACGGUGGCUUCUUCUUCGUCUCUCCUCCUUCCGGUCUACGCCUAUCAAUCUGCAAAUCGGAGAGUUACAGUCUUUCGAUUGGUGGUUCGCGCCAGAUCUUGUGAAUUCCAGUUCUCUAUCCGUAAAGGCUGAAGUCUUUCAGCAGAGAGGGACUAUGAUUCCUCCUUAUAAUGUUUUGAUCGCUGGCUCUACUAAAGUUUUGCUUGAACUUAUGGCUUCUGGUAUUUGACGUCGUUUUUAUAAGCAAGAAAUUCCGAAUUGAAUUUGGUUUGAGGAACUUCCUGGCUGGCUCUUUCCUUAGUUUUAUUAAGAAUUUGAAGGAAUAGAAUAUGCGUUGGCCAAACAGUUUCUGAAAGCAGGUGACAACGUUGUAAUCUGUUCACUAUCAGGUAUAUAGGAUAUUUGAUCAAUUCAGCUAUUUGGAGAAGCUCGAGUCUAUGGUUUCAUUAUUUAACAUCGUUAUCAGUUUAUUUUCCCUGAAGCGUUUCAUAAUUUUCUUUUUUAAUUUUCAAGCUUUGGUUCUUAUGUGUUUGUGGUUAUUUUUAUUUUAUAGACCUAUGUGUGGCGUUCUGCACAUUCUUUUAACAAUUUAUUAAUACAUUUCUGUUCCCAUAAAAAUGUGUUUGAUUUAUUGAUUAGGUACGGAUUCUCGUAAUAAUCAUGAUAGGCAUCUAUGGUUACCUCCUGCUAAACUUUUUCAAUUUAAUUUGUUCUUCGCAGAUGUUUUUUCAUCAUUUUUCUAUCAUUUCCUUGUUUGCCAUGUACUAUUUGCAUUUGGAGCAGUUGCCGACACUUCAAGCUCUGUCCUAAUCUAAUUCUACUUUACAGGGUACUAAAUGUGACGUGCGAGAAGGAGAGGAUGUAAAAAUUGUAGUCAAUUUUGUGCAGAAAAGUCUUAAAUACAUUGAUAUAUGGGUAUCUACUUCAAAUUGCUCUUUCUCUUCCCCUUCCCUCCCCUUCUACAUGAAGACCAAAUGAGUAAAUCCUGAUUUCCAUUAACUACAAUACAAGUCUAUUUGGUAUCAAAGAAUCUAUAUGAUAUUGAACAUCUUAGAUAGGUGGCCUUUAAUGUUUGAACAUGAAUCAUAACCUCGAGACCAUCUAAAUUUACUUGUCUCUUUUACUUUUGGCUGACUCGUGGUGGUGAAGAUGUUGUUAAUAUAGCAAUUUGAUUGAAAUCUUCAAAAAAAAAAAAAAAAAAGAAAGAAAGUAGAACAUGCUAUCUCUAGAAUAAUCCACAUAUACAGGAUUUGUGUGCAUGUAUACCCUUUUUGUACUUGAGUAAAUGAGCAAACACAGUAGGGAUAACGCCAGCAAUUAUGAAAUAGUAACUAUUGAAAUGAGAAAAAGGUUGUUGUGUAUAAUGAUGCUAUUGAGAUGUCCCACUAAAGAAAUGCCUCGUGUGGAUAGCUUUAUCAUGUCAUUGAGGUUUUUUCAUACAAUCCUAACACGUGCCUGUCUGAAAAGCGUUGGCCUAUACAAUGCUUAGAUGGACAAAGUAUGCAUUUUCAUAAUUUACAAUUGCAAUAUUUAACGUAUUAUAGGAAACUGGACUUAAAAGAACAAAAAAUGUUUCAUCGUCUACUAUUUCAAUUGUUGAUUGAUUUUGGUGAGAGGAUAUGAUGAGUCUCCUACACAGUUUUUUUAUGUCUUAUAAUUAGUACUAUUUUGGUGGAUUUUGUUUGCUUUUUUUGCUAUUUAACGUAUUGCAAGAACAAUGCAGACAAAUAAUGCAGGGUCAAAUGCUUAUAGCUUUAAGCCUUUUCUCGUGACUUCAGAUGAAGAUCUCAUGCAAUAAAGAUGAUGUUAAACAAACCUCGAGGAGGUCUUAUUUUCAACAUUGAUGGGGCUGGUUCUGAUGGGCGACCCACCCCUAGAAUGCAGAAGGCAUGAGAAACGCACAAGAAAUCUAUUGUGCAUUUGGAUGACAUCCACAAUGUGCUGCUCAUUUCAUCUCCAUUACUUGAAUAACAGAUGGAGCAAAUAAUUUUAUACCGAAACAUGUGAAGGUUUAGUUCUCUUAAGCACUUCUGAUGAAUCUAAGGAUAAAUUAAUAUGAAAUUAUUAGGAUGAGCCCAGACAGUUUGAAUAUAUGUACAAGACAGGACUUCAGACCUCCAAUUGUUUAUGGGUGGACCCUACAAUCUAUGUUAGAAAAAAAAAAUUAUGGUAACGAUUGAUUUUAUAUUUUUGUUUCUCUUUUCCUCGGUAAGACAAAUUGUUAUAUUUUGAAGGAGCCUAUUAAGGUGGGUGAGGUUAUUUACAUGCAUUUGUUCUGUUUAUAUAGUGAUCACUUACUCUGUUACUGAAAAAUAAUAAUAAUAAUAAUUGCUCUUGCACUUCUUCUUCAUGUCCUCGGCCUUUGAGUUUACAGGUCGCAGAAUAACUUGGCCCAAACAUAAGAUCUAUCCCAGCCAAUGGUUCAACAAGGCCCACGUACAUUCGUUUCCUCACUGGACUGAAAGAUUACUCUCAAUUCUCAGUUGAGAAAUGAUUAAUUACUUCUCAAUUACGUUGAAAUGUUUUUUUUUUCUUUACCUUCUUCGUACCCUCAACUAAUUGUUUCGUGUUUCCCAUUGUGUUCAGAGACUUGCUUUUGGUGCUAGAAGAAACAAAUAUCUUCUAGAAGAUUGAUAAGAUCUUUAAGUACAAUUUCCCAUCCUGUAAGUUUUAUCUGUAAAGCUUCACCUUUAUUAUUCCUCGUCCAGGGGCAUGGUUUGUUCACAUUUUGUACACUGGUUAUUGAUUAAGCAUGAUGGGACCCGUUGGACUGUUCCUAAAAGACGCAAUGAAAUGAUGCCAUAUUGUCUUUGAUUUAUAUAUAUUUGGAGAACUGUUGUUUUUCAUUGAUUUACUUAUUAGAUGAUUAAUUGUAAUUUAUCAUUUAUACCUCCUUGAAGUUGCAGCACUAUUAUCUUUUACCAGACCAUUUGUAGAACAUUUUCCUUUUUAAAAGGCAACUGAAAUGGGGGGUUGGGUUAGCCCCGGUUCUUCAAAGCAAUAAUCGUCCUUGAAUAUUCCAGGGUGUGUAAAUUUCGGUAUGAUUUGAGUUGGGCCACUUUUAUUUUGAAUUUAUUAUGAAGUUUGGAGAUUUACAAAUCUAACACUUCUUACACAUGAAUAAUAUUUAGGUUGACGAAUCAAGACAAGUUAAUCUCAUCAAGGUAAGAUUGGCUGUGCGAAUCAAACCUCAAAGCAACUUGCGGGUAUGGCCUACAAAUUUGGGGUAUAUCAUUGGUUGCAGUACUGGAAAAAAUAAAUUGAAAUUCGAAUACGAUUAAAAUUGGAAUGGUAUUUGAAAGAAAAAAAAACAGAGAAAAAAGAAAAGGAAUCAGAUUGGUUUAGUAAUGGAGUGUACAGUUUGAUUUAUCAAUUAAAUUAAUUGUUAAGCAGGCAAUAAUUUAAAAAUAAUAAUUAAGUCUUAGAUUUAAAAAUAAUGUCUUAGAUAUAUCUAUCAAAUGUAAAUUUGUGAAGAAAUACUUGACCUUUUCUAAUUUCAAAUUGAAAAAAUGAACAAAAAGAAGAAAAAAGAACCCAAAAUGGGAAACAUGAAAUCUCCAGUACUUUUAAAUCGCUAGGCUUGGAAAUAAGUUAGGUAUUAAGCUCUUAAUUUUGUAAUGAAAGAUGAGCCUUUUAGGGAUAAAAAGAAAAAAGAAAAAAGAAAAAAGAAGAAGCCCACUAAUAUUCUCAAUGAACAAAAUUCCAAACGGUGCUCCAGUAAAUAUUCACCCGUGACUGAAGUCUUGGCCCCAAGUCUGACUCUGCUAAGAGCCGAAAAGAACAGAUAAAAUCAGAGGCUUCUGUUGUAUCGUAUUCCAAAAUGUUUCAGUUUGAUGCCAAAAGAGCUGCUUUAAGCAAUAAAAGCCCUUAUGAACGUUUGAUUUGUCAGGCUAAAAUGGCAUUAUUGCUCAGAUUCUGUGCUCCCCGUGAACCAUAUGCAUUUGUUUCUAGGGAUAACUCAUUCCCAUCAUAAAGUCUUCAACACCAACUUCUCAGGAAAAAUUCUCCUUCCGUCUUUUAACCCUAUUUAGUAAUAUAUAUUACUGUGUCAAUCUCUCUCUAGGAAUGCAUUGAUUAACAUCAUAAUUGUAGAGACUAUUUCUGCAGUCACCUUUGAUAAUUGACGUUAUUUUAUCAAAGAAGUUUGCUUAUAUUAUUUUAGAUUUCAUAGAUUUGGUCGGUAUGUAGAUAUCAUUUUACCACUAAAUUGGCUUUUCCGCUUAUCAUCUGUGUAGAUCAAGCUUCAAUUAUUUUAAGGUAAGUACAUCCACAAAGUCUUGAUUAUAUAGUUUAUAUUUUUAAUGGUAAAAUUUGAGAUGAAGUUAUUGGAUAUUUGUGUAUACAAUUUCUGAGGGUUCAUUGAUUGAGUCUUACAGUUUUACUACACUAUAAUACACAAUUGUUUAGUGACUAUACACACUAUGGUACUAGAGAAUUGAAUUAUAUUUUUGCAGGUACAUAGCAUCUCAAAGGCAUUUUAUUUUAUUCAGUGCCAAGAUUGUGGUGGGAGUCCUAUGCCAUUUAAUUCGUAUUAAAUAGUCUGUAAGCCAUGUUUAGAUUCUAAUCUCUUGGGAAAGGGGAAAAGCAUUGAGUUGGAAAAAAGUAGUCGGCCUAAUCUCUGAUUAAUGUAGAAGCUUUUGGUUUAUUACAGCCACUGUACUUCCAGUUUUGUUGUUGUGAAUUAUGAAGAUCACUUCUUGUUCAUUGGGGUUUCUCUAACAAGCUUUGAAUCUAUUUUCCAUCAUAAAACCGAAGAGACAGCCAGAGAAAGAGAAUUUCAUUUCUUGUUCAUGGGGGGUUUCUGCUUCUUUCUGCUCUCUGGUCUGUAACUCUUUUGGUCUCUUCUAGACUGUUCACACGAGCAGCAGUUACUUCACCUCUAAGCUUUAAUGGCAAAACUAAAACUAGUCUGCCAUUUCCAUCUUCUUCUGUUCGUGUUAUUGUUCUCUUUUCAUCUUUCAACUCAGCUUCAACCUUCUGAGUCCCAAUCCCUUCUGCAAAUCCGGGAACUUUUAAACUACCCUCAAGCUCUAGCCAACUUCGACAACUUUACAGACUUCUGUGACACUGAAUCCACUCCAUCUCUUACCAUCGUGUGCUAUGAAGGCUAUAUAACCCAGCUCCACAUUGUUGGUGAAGUGGGGCGCCCCACUUUUCAACAAAAUACUUCGGCUGAUUUUUUGUUUUCCACAUUUUCCCAGUUUCCCAAUCUGAAGGUACUAUCUCUGGUUUCUCUGGGUUUUGAGAGGCCAUUGCCUCCAACUGUUGGUAAGCUUUUAUCUCUAGAAAUACUCAACUUAAGCUCAAAUUCCUUCUAUGGCUCCGUCCCGGAGGAACUAUCUUCUUUGAAAAGCCUACAGACUCUCAUUCUUGACUACAAUCAUUUCUCUGGUAAUAUUCCGAGUUGGAUUGAUUCCCUACCAGUGUUAACUACCCUGAGUUUACAGAACAACUCCUUUAAUGGGUCCUUGCCAGAUUCCAUUACCCAUAUGUGGAGCCUUCGAGUUCUUUCUCUCUCGAAAAAUUCUCUUUCUGGGAAGGUGCCAGACCUCAGCAACUUAACGAACGUGCAAGUUCUCGACUUGGGAGACAAUCUUCUGGGGCCCCAGUUUCCUAAAUUGCCGAAGAGGCUAAGUAUACUUGUGCUCAAAAACAACAGAUUUCGCUCGGGUAUCCCAGCUGAGUUAGCCUUCUUAUAUCGCCUUGAAAAGCUUGACAUAUCUUCAAAUAAGCUUGUUGGUCCAUUUCUGGCAUCGCUUUUGGGACUUCCUUCGAUUAAGUAUCUGAAUAUUGGGGGGAACAGAUUAACUGGGCUGCUUUUACGUAACGUAUCUUGCAAUAGUGAUCUUACAUUUGUAAAUUUAUCCUCAAACCUUUUGACCGGAGACUUACCCACCUGUCUUCAGCAAUUGGAGUCCAAGAACAAUGAUGUCAUUUACACUGGAAAUUGCUUGUCAAAUAAAGACCAAGAACAGCACCCCUUAAACUUCUGUCACAACGAAGCUUUAGCAGUGAGUAUUAAGCCACAUAAUCUGGAGCAUAGGAAAGGUCAUCGUGGGGUAAUGACUUUCUUAAGAAUAUUCGGAGGAAGUAUUGCUGGAAUUAUAGUUGUUGCUCUGGUAUUCUUCACGAUGAGAAGGACGUACAAAAUGGGCGUUCUUAAAGAACCACCAACAAGGUUUGUAACAGAGAAUUCAUCUGUAACAAACACAGCCAAGCAGCUGUAUGAUGCCAAGUAUAUAUCUCAGACAAUGAAGCUGGGAACUAGCCUUCCUCCUUAUCGAACUUUCACUUUGGAUGAACUUAAGGAGGCCACCAACAACUUUGAUGCUUCAACUUUGAUAAGUGAAAGUACGGAUGGCCAGAUAUUCAAAGGGAUGUUUACUGAUGGCAGUAUCGUUGCCAUUAGGAGUUUAACUUUGAAAAGGCGGCAAACCCCUCAAACCUACAUGCAUCAGUUGGAGUUGAUAUCUAAACUACGACACAGUCAUUUGGUCAGUGCUCUUGGACACUGUUAUGAGUUCCUCCCAGAUGGUUUAACCAUCACCAGAGUAUUCUUAAUAUUCGAGUACUAUCCUUACGGAACGCUAAGAAGCCACGUAUCUGGGCUACAUGGGCAAAAGCUCUUUUGGACGAAAAGAAUAUCGGCUGCGAUCGAAGUGGUGAAGGGAAUUCAGUUCCUACAUACAGGCAUUGUGCCUGGUGUAUACUCAAACAAUCUGAAGAUUACAGAUAUUUUACUCGAUCAAGAUCUCCGUGUGAAAAUCAGCAGUUAUAAUUUACCUAUCGUCGUCGAAAACGGUGGAACGAUGAUUUCAGGAGUUUCAUCAACUAGCAGAAAAGGGAAGCGCCAUGCUAUGGAAGUGAACCACGCAGAUAAGGAUGAUGUGUAUGACAUAGGAGUGAUUUUACUGGAAAUCAUUUUGGGAAGACAGAUCACAUCUCAAAACGAAGUUCAUGUUUCAAGAGAUCUUUUACAGGUAAGCCUAAAAACGGACGAUAUCGCUCGAAAGAGCAUCGCAGAUCCAGCAGUACACAAGGGUUGUUCGGAUGAAUCGCUAAAGACGAUGAUGGAAAUAUGUGUAAGAUGUCUCCAUGACAAGGCAGCAGAUAGACCUUCUGUAGACGACAUCCUUUGGAAUUUGCAUUUUGCAGGACAAGUUCAGGAUUCGAGCAGAGACAACACUCAGAACAGCCAAAACCCACCUGCAUCACCAUCACCAUCCUUAUUAAUGCCUUAAAAAGAUGGUACGUACUUACAUUCAUGAACUUGUAAAGCAUCUUAUUUUUCAAGCCCAAUACAUUUAUCUUCGUAGGGAACAAUUGUAGCCUUCUUAAAUCCCACAUUACACUAGCUUAUCCACUUGAAUUUUAUCGUUCGAUUAGUCGAACCCGAGAAACCGAACGUCGGUAAUAGUCAUGCACCAAUUUGAAUCAAUGAAGAUGAAAUCUGAUAGAUCACAGGUGCUGUAUUAACUGAAAGCCAUUUUAGAACAGAUUGAGUGGAGGCCUAUAAAUUCCUUUUUU